CUGUGGUCAGCCUUGGGGCUCUCUGAUGCAUCAUAGGCCCUUCGUCAUAACCUUGUCUUUUUCGAAGUAAUACGCACUCUAUCUACCUUCCAGCCUGACAACAUAGCUACAGCGACUCCGAUUAUUCUACUGCGAAAAGAAGGCAACAGACUACACCAGAACUGCGGAUUUUGAGAGGUGUGGCGGUUACUCUUGCUUGAUCCAAGGUGGAGACUACUCCAGCCUUGCCUUCGACGACGGUCAUCGCUCAAUAAUUACCACCCCCGCGCAAAACAGACUCUGAAUGCUUGCCUAACCAUACAAUACUGCAUGCAGCUGUAGACCCUUUAAGAAGACGUCUCUCACAAGAUGUUUUGUCUGCGGAGCUGGCUGCCCCUCCUCUUUAUCCCAACGAACGCGUCGCCGAUCUUCAUAUUCCUCUUCUUCGCCUGCACAUACUUCCUCAACAGGCCCUGUGUCUACUGCUCCUUCCUGCUCCUGAUUCUCUUCGCCUCAUCAUGCAACUGGGCGGACCAAUGUUUCUUCGACUUCUCCUCGAACUGGUUUGAGGCGCGGCCUUUACCAGAACUACUCGGUUGUGACGGCAAUCUUACCUGCCAGGCAUUCAAUAACACGUCGAUACCGGGUAACACUUUCGAGCAAGCCGUGAUGAUGGCAGGGUCGAUGAACAGCACGGCGAAGACACUCGGUGGCGUGGUAUUCCAAGAGCUUCAGAGGCGACUCCCAGAUCGGACAGAGUGGACAGGCAUUGGUGUUGGCUGGCUAAGGAGUCUUUUGGGCCGAAGGGAAUGGACCCUUCCGUGCGUGGAUGUCAAUGUUAGGCUAUGACCAGAGUGCGAUCAUUAUUCGCGUUAUGAGAUACGACGGCUGGGGGGGCGUUCUAGGUCACGAUGGGAUGCAAAUGAUUAUCCAAGGAGAGAUGGCCCUCGCUGGCCAUUUCAGAGUAUAAUGUAUAUUCGGGGUUGAAGUGUAACUACUAUGGAAGUCCUACUCGUACAUAGAGACCCAAUCCAGGGGUCGCGAUUCUGAAAUAAAUAUCAAAAUCGUUGCUGGUGACGCUUGACAAUACAUAUUCUCUUGUUAAGGGGCAUAAUACCACUACUGAU